UGAGGAGCAGCUUAAAGAGCUGAGAUGUUUAGCCUGAAGAAGAGAAGGUUGAGAGGACACAUGAUAGCCAUGUAUAAAUAUGUGAGAGGAAGUCAUAGUGAGGAGGGAACAAGCAUGCUUUCUGCUGCCCUGGAGACUAAGUCGCAGAACAAUGGCUUCGAACUACAAGAAAGGAGAUUCCAUCUGAACAUUAGGAAGAACUUCCUGACCGCAAGAGCUGUUCAGAAAUGGAACUCUCUGCCCUGCAGUGUGAUGGAGGCUUCUUCUUUGGAGGCUUUUAAAUAGAGCUGGACAGCCAUCUGUCGGGGGUACUUUGAAUGCGAUUUUCCUGCUUCUUGACCGGGGGUCGGACUGGAUGGCCCACGAGGUCUCUUCCAAUUCUAUGAUUCUAUAUCUUUCCCUCAUUUCUCAUAAUCAGGUGCUUGAAUUAUCUUUUAUUUUCAACAUUCUUCCUCUCCUUGGGCUAGCUUUUAGUCUUUUUCCUCUAUGUGAACAUUUAUCAUAUAGCAUAAUGUAGUGCGCAUAUUUUGUGCAACAGUAUUUAAAAAGGAUGUGGUUAUGGGUUUUUUUACAUCAGAAAGGAAGCUAGCUAAACUGCAUUGCCUGGAUGACAGAUGGAAAGAUAAUGCACCUACGCUGUUUUUCAAAUACACUUUUAUAAAAAUCCUUGUCUCCUGAUUUCUCUUUCUUGAGCUCAUAUGUAGCAUUCAGGUAUAAUAAAGCAGAUGCUUUCCCAUCCUGGCGUAAGACCAUUACUUGUUGGACAAUGAAUAACUGUGUUCUGCUUGAAGAAGAACUGAUCAAAAAGUCCCAGCAAAAGCGAAGGACCUCUCCCUCCAAUUUUAAAGUUCGAUUCUUCAUUUUAACAAAAUCAAGGCUGGCAUAUUUUGAACGUCGCCCUGGGAAAAAAAACAUUCUAAAAGGUUCAAUUGAACUGUCCAAGAUUAAAUGUGUGGAAAUUGUGAAUAGUGACAUUACAAUUCCAUGUCACUACAAAUAUCCUUUCCAGAUUUUUCAUGACAGCCAUCUCUUGUAUGUGUUUGCUCCCAGCCAAGCAAGUUGUCAGAAAUGGGUGGUGACUCUGAAAGAAGAAACUAGAAACAAUAACAUUCUGGUGACAAAGUUUCACCCCAAUUUCUGGAUAGAUGGAAGAUGGAGAUGCUGCACUCAGUCAGAGAAGUUGGCGACAGGAUGUAUGGACUAUGCUACAGGUAAGACUGCUUCCAAGAAACCUUGUCCUUCAAGUCCAAAUGAUAACUGGAAAUUAUUUCUGGACUCCAAAGAUUCCCCAGUGAUUGCCAUUUAUGACUAUACUGCCCAGAAUCCACAGGAGCUGACCUUACAGUGCAAUGAAGAAUAUUAUGUUAUAGAUAAUUCAGAGGUCCACUGGUGGUUGGUUCAGGAUAAGAAUGGUCAUGAAGGAUAUGUGCCAAGCAGCUAUGUGGUAGAGAAAUCACCAGAAAAUCUGCACACAUAUGUGUGGUACAAUAAGAGUAUCAGUCGAAGCAAAGCAGAGACACUGCUCAAAGAAGAGGAUAAAGAAGGAGCCUUCAUGGUUAGAGACUCGCGGCAGCCUGGCACUUAUACGGUCUCUGUUUUCACCAAAGCUUUGAGUAAUGACAAUAACCCAGUCAUAAAGCAUUAUCACAUCAAGGAAACAAGUGACAAUCCCAAAAAGUACUACCUGGCAGAGAAGCAUAUUUUUAAUGGUAUCCCAGAAAUGAUCAAUUAUCACCAGCACAAUGCAGGAGGUCUUGUUACGCGUUUGCGGUAUGCUGUUUCCUGCUGGAGAGAAAAGGCUCCUGUUACUGCUGGGCUAAGCUAUGGAAAAUGGAUGAUUAACUCUCAAGAACUAUCCUUUGGGCAGGAGAUUGGCGUGGGCCAAUUCGGAGUGGUACAUAGUGGCUAUUGGCUUGAUCAGAUGAAAGUUGCCAUCAAGACCAUUCGUACGGGAGCAAUGUCAGAAGAAGACUUCCUUGAGGAGGCCCAAGUCAUGAUGAAGCUGUCUCAUCCCAAAUUAGUCCAGCUGCAUGGGGUCUGCGUGCAGCCAGCUCCCAUGUGCCUUGUAUUUGAGUUCAUGGAGAAUGGAUGCCUGUCUGAUUACCUCAAGAGGCAGCGGGGGAGCUUCUCAAAGGAAGACCUUCUGGGAAUGUGCCAAGAUGUGUGUGAAGGGAUGGCUUAUCUGGAACAAGCAUCUGUCAUCCACAGGGACCUGGCUGCUCGGAAUUGUUUGGUAGGAGAAUUCCAAGUGGUCAAAGUUUCAGAUUUUGGAAUGUCACGGUAUGUUCUUGAUGACCAAUAUACCAGCUCUAUGGGUACCAAAUUCCCUGUUAGGUGGUCAGCACCAGAGGUGUUUUCUUAUAACCGAUAUAGCACCAAAUCUGAUGUCUGGUCAUUUGGGGUAUUGAUGUGGGAGAUAUUCAGUGAAGGUAAAAUACCUUAUGAAAACAAGACCAAUGGUGAAGUGGUAGAAGACCUCAGGGCUGGUGGCCGUUUGUACAAGCCCAGGCUGUCUUCCAACACUAUUUACAAGCUCAUGAGAAGUUGCUGGAGUGAGAAGCAAGAAGACAGGCCACCUUUUUCAGUCCUGCUGUAUCAGCUCAAUGAAAUCUCAGAAUCAGACUUUUAAGUUUAAAUGAUUGUGUGAAGGUAUGAAAGACACAAUCUUCCACAUACACAGCUAAAGCAGAUAGAUCUUGUAUCUAUGUUUGGUAGAGGUACCAACUAGGAUGAGAUCUUGAUUGUUUUUGUAAGGUGUAUAAAUAGAGAAAAUGAACAGUGUGAGAUGCGUUCAACAUUUUUGUUUAAUAACCUGGCAAGCUCCUCUUUGAGAAUCAAGAGGAUUUUCCAUUUCACAUGGCAAUGGUGACAGUAACAACAAUGAGAACAGCGUUUAGGACAAAGUGAGCUAUAACCGCUUUGCAGACCUGGAACCUUCUGCUUCUUGAAACUGGUCCAGCAGGCAAGGCAACUACAAUGUAACCCUGAUCCACUAAACAUGAUUGAAAUUGAAUGAAGCUAUUUGUAAACAAAUGUUUGAUGGCAGAUUUGAAACAGGAUCUUCUUGUUUAAAAAAUCAAUUGUAUGGAAUAACUACAGAAACCAGAGGAACUAGUCAUUGUAUGUAAUAUUGGGAAAAAUACACUCUGGCAGAUAAAAUUAACAAUUAGUGCAAUCCUGAAUCUUCAAAUUCUACAUAAUGCAGUAAUAAGGACGGGACAGAUGCCUCUAAAUAUUCAGCAUAGUUUCCUGUUGGAGAAAGAAAUUAUGAGUUAGUUAUUUGGGGUUUUUUAAUCUAUACUUCAUUUUAAAAAAAACUUUAACUAAUCAAACUGAAUUUCACUCUCUGUUUUGCCCAGAAAGUUCAGAUACAGAAAAGAAAUAUCCCAGUAUCCCAAGAGUAGAAACUAAUCUUCUACACUCAAUCAAAUCAAUGGGCAUUUGAAAGAAUAAUGUCUUGAGCUAUUGAACCUGAUCACACAACCCUGGUUUCUGAAUAAACUUAGGGUGAGAGAAAAAACUGAUAAACUUAGAAGCACAAGAACUCGGUAGUUACACCACACAUAGUUUUGUGUUACUUUAACAAGUGAACUUAUGCAUGCUCUUUAUUUGUCAAAGUCUAUGCGUUCAUGGCAUUCAGCCUCCAUUUAUGGAAGCAUGAUCAAAGAACUUGUUUGCAAUAAUGUCUAGUAAUACACCUGUGGAUCAUAUUUCAGAGAAAAGUAUUCAUACAGAGCAUUUUUCAUUGGUUUUUCCAAUUAUAUGGUACUGGAAACUACUGCAAAUUAAUCCUGUUGUAUGUACAUUUAUGUGCCUGUCAGGAAGUACUACAGAUGUUAAAAUCUGGGUACAAGGAGAGCGUGU